UUAGGCUUCCUGCAGGGGCGGGGUGUCCACGUGCGCCUGUCGCGCUUUCUAUCGAAGGUUUGCAAGGAAGUGGCGAAACGUUUCCUAUGCCAACAGAGCAGGACAGUGCAGCUACAAGUGUCUGCCACAAAGCAGAGGUGGUGAUCAGGCAAACUGGGAAUAGAGCACGGGAAGAUACUUUCGGCAUCUGUUCUGCACUUCUCAGCCUUUGAGCGAGGACAUCAAAGAUGAGCUGGCAUCUGGCGUCGAGCGGUGUCCUUGAACUCGCAUCCAGCUUUCUCAAAGUCGCUGCAUUGAGUCUCGUUGGCACUCUUCUAUUCGUUGGAGUGAUCGCCUGGAUUGCCCGACGGAUAAAAUGGAAAACUUUUAGGCACCUCAACCACUUGCCGCACCGCAAAGAACAGGUGCCUUUUCAAGGCUUGUGGAUACUCUUCAAGGCCUGCUCACCGCCCGACUCACCUGUCAGGUUCAGCACAAUGCUUUUCGCCGGAAUUUGUGGAUUACAUGCGCGAUUCCAGAGGCAUGGCAGGCACCUCGUCUACGUAGGAUUCACCCCUCUGCUCACCGUGUACAAAGCCGAAUAUUUAGAGGAAAUACUUUCAAACAACAAACUUUUGUCCAAGGGCCGUCAGUAUAAACUUCUCCACAGUUGGCUUGGAACUGGCUUGCUCACGAGUACAGGAGCCAAGUGGCGAUCCCGGAGGCGCCUGUUCACACCCGCGUUUCAUUUUAAGAUACUCGAGGACUUCUCAGCCACAAUUAACGCCCAGUCCUUCAUUCUCUGCAAUAAACUGUCAAAGCUUUCGCAGCAUGGAGCAAAGUUGGACGUCGUUCCCCUGGUCACUCUUUGCACUUUGGACAUAAUUUGUGAAACCAUUAUGGGAUCGUCCAUAUCAGCUCAGAGCAAUGAGAAAAGCCCAUACGUUGCCGCUGUUAACAGGCUUGGUGAACUAUUUUUGGAGAGAACAAUGAGGCCUUUAUGGAGACUUGACUUCAUAUACAAGCUUACAGCUUUUGGGCGGGAGUACUACAGAUGUCUCAACGUGCUGCACUCCUUCACACGAAAGGUCAUUGCAGAGAGAAAAAUGGAGUUAGAAGCUGAAGUCAACAAAGGCACCCUGAGGCUCGACAGCUCUAGUGAGUCUGAAGCUAGGGCCAAAAGGAGAAGACCUUUUUUGGAUCUUCUCAUUGUGGAACAUCUCAAGAACGACAAAUACAUCACCGAAGAAGACAUACGAGAAGAAGUGGACACCUUUAUGUUUGAGGGUCACGAUACUACAGCGGUGGGGAUAAGCUGGGCACUUUUCCUUAUAGGUCAUCAUCCAAAGGAACAACGGAAGAUUCACGAGGAACUCGACUUAAUCUUUGGUGACGACAGAGAUCGUCAUGUAUCUUUUGAAGAUCUGAAGCAGAUGAGGUACCUCGAGUGCGCUCUCAAGGAAGCUCAACGUAUAUACCCGUCUGUGCCACUAAUAGCUAGGACAUGCGAAGAACCAUUAAAAAUAGAUGGAGCCAUCCUUCCUACCGGAACAGUAGUGCAGAUGUCAGCCUACUUCUUACACCGUAAUCCUGAAGUUUUUCCUAAGCCGGAAGAAUUCCACCCGGAGAGGUUCUUCCCGGAAAACUCGAAAGGAAGGCACCCGUUCGCUUAUCUUCCAUUUUCAGCGGGACCCCGGAACUGCAUUGGACAAAGAUUUGCACUCGCCGAAGAAAAGAUCGUUAUUGCCAACAUUCUGCGACGCUUCACAAUCAAGUCACUGGACCAGCGUGACCAAGUCGAGCUUGUCAGUGAAAUGGUGCUCAGACCCAGAAGUGGUCUCCGAAUUCAAUUCACUCCUCGCUACAGUUAGCAACUUCACUGAUGUGCAGAAACCUGACGAUCGAGUUCUUAUCCUACCAAGAUGGAUGCGUGUGUCCCGAAAUGUUUGCAGAGCGUCCGAACGGGGAUAGCAAGAAAACCGACAAGCAACGUCCCCCAUCCCGUACCCGUCCUGCAUGACGCACUACGAAGCUUGCAUAAUGUGCACCGCCAACUAGCCCAGCGCUCCACUAUGCGUGUGUUGUGGGAUCUACGAACGCUCAAGAUAUAUUUUCUAAUAAUCUGACUUCUUCGUUCUGUAAUUUCUAGUGGACUUGGAAUCACGCUGUCUGGUAGACAUAGCUGGUUCACUGUUAGGAAACAACGAUGUGCGCGAACUUGAGGUCACUCUGUAUACGUAGAGUGUGGCCUCCGAGAUCGUGAUGGCACACUUGUUACUUUGUGCGUCAAUGGCCUGCAAUCCACAAGAAGGAAGAUGUGGACUGCACUGACGGUCGUCCACAGCAGCCUCGAAAACGUCGCCACCGCCAUUAAUUCCUGCAGCUCUCCCCUUCCUAUUACAGGCUCAUUAUCGUAUCUCCGGGAAGAACGCCGAGGCUCCCUUCCUGCUCAAGCCCGUUCCUUUUUCAAGAAGUUCAAAUAAAGCUGCUCUGCUUGGCCA